AUGACUGACAUCGCGCCCAACGGUGGCUCUCUUUUGGAGACCACCAAGAACAGUGCUACUGCCGCUUACGACUCUGUGGCAAAUGGUCCCAUUGCUCGGAAUGUCAAAGACCAGAACGCAAAGACUCAGGCUGAGUUUUCCAACCUUGCCGCCUCUCGCAAGACACCCAGCACACCAGCUGCCACUGGCCAGCCUCUCACACAUUAUCACUCACUCUUCUCGGAGCUUCUGUCAUGGAAGAACCCUCGUGCCUCAGCCAUCGCGUACGCUUCGAUUGUCUCCUUCAUCUUCGUCGUUAGGUACCUUGAUGUGAUCCGCUGGGGCUUCAAGCUGUCUUUCAUGGCUCUUGCCAUUACCGUCGCCGCUGAGGUUACUGGUAAGGUCGUCCUCAGUCACGGCCUGGCUACCCAGAUGCGACCCCGUCAUUAUUGGACCGUGUCACGGUCUACCAUCGAUAGCAUGAUUGCCGACUUCCAUGAACUGGUCAACUUUUUUGUUAUUGAGGCUCAGAGAAUCCUCUUCGUGGAGAACGUCGGUGCCUCUGUUGCUGCAGGUAUCGCGGCCUUCGUUUCCUACCAUCUCAUCAAGCUUGUGCCAUACUGGGGGCUCGCCGUCAUUGCCACAACUGUUGCCUUCUUUGUGCCUCUGGUCUACACAUGCAAUCAGGAGCUGAUCGAUCAGCACAUCAAGACCGCUUCCGAUGCUAUUAGCGCCCAGACUGCCCAGGUCCGAAGCGUUGCCCAGAAGCAGGCCGACCAACUCACCACCAUGGGAAAGCAGUAUGCCGGAGACUACACUGGCAAGGUGCAGGAGAUGCUCCGGAGUCGUGGCGCAGCUGCUCCGUCGGGUCCCCCUAAGCAGCCUGCGCCCGUUGCUCGUAUGAAGAAGCCCGACUUCCCUAAUCCCCCUACCGAAGAGCCCCAAUCAACAAAGACCGCCGAGCCUGAGGGCAAAAUCCCCGAGAAACCUGUCAUUCCUGAGACAGAGCCUUUGAUCGCUUCCUAG